AUGUGUGACCUGAAGUCAGAAAAAGGCUAUAUCUAUUACCAUAAGCCAAGAUCCGCGGAAUACAAACUUGUCGCCGACCUCUCAGACUCCAACAAGGGUGCUGGAGAUGAUUACUUCAUCGUCUCAGGUAGAACUCGAAGCCGAAGACGCCGAAGUGCUGAGUCGUCGGCCUACGACCCAGCAAAUCCACCAACAGCUCUAUUAGUAAUUCACUUUGGUACAAGGGUCACAAUCGCCGCCACCGUUGACGAGACAGACCGAAAACCUGCAGUAGUCAAAGAUUUGCUCACUAACCUUCCUGGCAUUGUCAAUGUCCAGCCUUUAUCCUCCCCUCAGCUAACCCCUAAGCCAAAACGAGUGAAGAAGGCCAAGGCAAAGGCCACAGUGACCCAGAUUGAUUCUGAGGACACUGUGCCUAUCUCAAAAUUGGCCGAAACCGAGAAGAGUGCCCCCUCUACCGAGAAGCGUCCUGCCGAGAACCCAUCUUCCGAGGCCCCACCUGCUAAAAAGCCACGGUCAGACCAUCAAGAGAGCAGUAGCUACCCCCGAGGUAUGGUCUGGGCGCCCGAGAUCAUGCUCGACGACAGACCUCUUACCGCCGGUGACAGUGCUGCCAAUCUUGAGCAUUCGGUUUUGGCCAUCCAGCACGCUCACUCCUACGCUACAAAGACCGAGAUGAUGAGGAAGGACUUGGCCAAGGAUGCCAAGACUGCUCAAAGUCUGGCUGAGGAAAAGGCCAAGGAGGCAAAAAAUGAAGCCGAGGCUGCAAGGGCCGACCUCGAAGCUGCCAACGUAAAAGUGGCUGAUAUGGAAGCCAAGCUUCAGGAGGCUCUUGCUAAUAAAGAGGCCAAGGUGAAGGCGGCCGAUGAAAAGGCCUUUGAAGAAGGACAGGUCGCCGUUCGUGACCAAUACAAACAACAACUCGAGGUGCCUUUCCCUCCAGAACCCGAGGAAGAUGCCGAAGACGAUGAAGCCGACGAAGUGGAGGAGGAGGUUGCCGCUAAUGCCAAGUCUCCAACCCUCAAUGACCAAAUUGAUUUAACUCAAGAUGAGGAGGAUGACUUGGCCUCCAAGGUCGUCUCCCCCAAACCAACCAUUUCCGAGGCUGAGGUCCAGUGCAUUGAGAAGAGUUUGGAUAAGACUUUAGAAGAAAUAGAUGCUGAGCUUGAAGCCGACAAAAGUGUAAAAACCCUAGCUGAUGAAGCCAAUCCUAACACUUAG